AUGAUUCUUCUGAUACCAUCGUUUAUAUUUAAAAUAUACGCUACGUCAUUCCUUUUAUGGAUCUUAUUUACAACUUCGAUACCUCAAACCUUGAUAAAAUACACCAAUGCCCAAAUUCAGAAUCAUAAGUUUGUAGGAAAACAUUACCCGCAAACAUCAAUAACUGUGCCGAAGCAGCUCGUUACACUGCACAAAGUGACAAAUUCAACUGUGUAUUUUUUAAUUGCACAUCCCGACGACGAAGUCAUGUUUUUUGCACCAUCGAUAUUAGAGUUGUCGAAACCGCACUACGGCAACACUGUUCAAAUCUUGUGUUUUUCUAAAGGUGAUGCAGUGGAUGCAUCAAUGGGAGAGAUUCGUCAACAAGAAUUGUACAAUUCAGCAAGGAUCUUGGGAAUUGAUAAAGCAAAUGUAAUGGUAUUGGAUUAUAAAGAUGGAAUGAAUGAAACUUGGCAUACAGAGGAUAUAAUUCAAUCACUAAAAGAAAAUAUAAACAGAAAUAAAAUACCAAAAGUUGUCUUGAUAACAUUUGAUGAACUGGGGGUAUCAAGUCACCCGAAUCAUAUUGCUUUGUACCAUGGUGCAAGAAAAUACAUAAACUUACAAACAAGUAUAAGCAAUGGCCCAUCAUCUUUGGCGAGAAAUAAACAAAAUUCAAAGCAGCCAAGGGAUCCAAAAGAAACAUCUCCGAGGUUAUAUGUGCUCAAAAGCUUGGGAUUCUUGGAAAAAUACAGUUUCACAAUCCUUACAAACAUUGAGUUUUUGAUCGAUCAUGUAACAAAUGUGAUUAAGACAUUUGCAACUGUUAAUAUCAAUGUGAGUUUCUUCACCCCAGCCAAUAGCACAAGCUCAAUCAAGAUUUAUUCUGAUUUGAACAUGCUUGCGUGCAGCUACGCCGCUAUGGCCUAUGGACAUUUGAGUCAAAUGGUGUGGUUUCGAUAUGGCUGGUUAAUGCUCAGUCGAUACUUGACUUUUAACCAAUUAUUGGAAAUAAAAUCAGUAUAG